CCCUCACCCUCUUUUUCCACCGGAGGUUUUUCCAACUUAACAACUUGUUGUGUUUUUUUUUCUUUCAUUUCUUUGCCCCAUUUGCAUUGCGGUUCGGUUUGGGUUUUGUUGUUUCUUUUUAAUCGGUUCGAUUUGACGGCCCAGCAUAUUAUCGAAGUAGACGACCAAUCUGCCCGAAAGCGAAGACAAGACCUUGUUUCGCCGCUGGCUGGUCCUAUUUCGCUUCAACCUUCCACUCGUCCACGAACGUCGACUUUUAGCCCUUGCAGAUACCCGACUCCGUCCAAAACUCAACAAGGACGGUUGAUAAUCUUGGAUGAUCCCGAGUCAACUUAUGGUCAGCUUGGCUAUUUGCACCAGCCUGUGUCGCCUUUGCUGUGCGCACACACACCGUAGCAGACUUUAAACUGCUGGAUAUCACACACUGGGAGAACACAAGAACAAGAUCUACAGGCACAAUUGAGUGUUGCGGGUGGCCGUAGUUACAAGUUCUUGGGCAUUGGCCCCUUUUAACUUGACAUGGCUGUUGGCUUCCGCCACAAGUGUUACUCUUGAACGCGCUUGUUUCCGAACCCCAGGCAGCCACGACGACCAUUGCUAGCUGCUCUGCUAGCAUCUUGGGGUAAAUCUCCGCCAACCUUUGGUUGCUUGCAGCUUCAAAUACUACCAGCUCCGGACACAACGACUCCCUUGAGCUUGCCAAUUGGGUUGAGGUGUACUCGAAAACUGCAAAAUAUAUCCUGAACUGUUCACGAUGCUAUCAAGAGGGGGGCUGUCCAGGUGGGCGGCUAUGCUGUCCACGACAUUCCUUUUGACAAGUUUAGCAGUAUCACAGUCAAUACCCAUGGAUUACUGCGCGACCAUCAACACGGGGACAGGCCAAGGCAACCAUAGCGACUGGCAAUCGGAUGGCCUGUGUUCUAACUUUUGCAAAGCCAGCAAUAGCGGCCUUGCAAUUGUACAGGGAUCCCUCUGCUGGUGCUCAAACAUUAUGCCCAGUGACAGUGUCCAAGUAGGGACCGACAAAUGCAAAGAUCCGUGUCCCGGCUACCCGAGCGACGUCUGCGGAGGUGAUGGUACCUGGGGAUAUAUGCGCAUCAAAGCCAAUCCCAUCACGGCCACAUCGGGCGGUUCUUCAUCAACUUCCACGACAGAUAAAGGGAAUACAGUCACUGGCCAAGUCCAGGACUCGAAACCUACCAACCCUUCUUCGACUGCCAUCUUGACAACUACAAUCACCGCUCUUCCCCCGGCGUCAAGCACAGACACCACGGGCCAACAACAUCAGACAACGUCAUCACCACCACAAGUAGAGACGGUGACUGCUGACGGUACAACCAGAAUUGUUACUGUGGCACCCACCGGCGCCGCAGGCUCUUCUUCACAAGCACCCGGCUACGAUACAAGUCAAAAGGAAGAAACAGGAGGCGGGCUCGGGACAGGCGCCGCAGUUGGAAUCGCCGUCGGUGUGAUUUCGAUACUGGUCGCAGGUGGCAUUAUAGGCUUUGUGUUCUUGCGACGCAAGCGAAGACAGGAUCGAGAGGCUCAAGAGGCUUCAAGUCCCGGGCACUACGGAGGGGACAUGUCGCACCCGACAACCGGCUUCGCCACUAGGAGACCAACAAACGGGACAUGGGGCAGCGAGCACUCGAGCGGGCGCAGAAGCAGUAUGCCUGAUCCCCGGAUGAAGUCAGCCACUGGAAUAUACCCCGGAACAUUUAUCAACAGGAGCCGCGAGAGUUUCGAGUCCAUGCAGGACAACCUCGAUUAUUCCCGACCUGUCCACCACCCAAACAAGGUUCUUAGGGUUGCCAACCCUUCACCUGGCGAGAACGAUUGAGAAGGAGAGACUAGCUGAGAGGAUGUGAUGACUUCUCUCUGUAUUAUACACAUUACCUAAGUCAAACGACAAAAUACCGAUACACAGCCCUCCCUAAAAGACAGGGUCGGAAGCUGAAAUUCAGAUAACGACGCAUACGAAUAUCAUACAGUCCAUUCAUUCAGGGACAAUAAUCAGAGAAGCCCGAGAAGCGACUAUUAAAUCUUUACGCGACAGCGACCCAACAUACUUGGAGUUGAAAUGAGGUUAGGUCUCUGGGAUGGUUGUCGAGGCUCCUAGGGGAUCCAAGGACGGGAUAAGUCACGCUGCUCGCAGUCCGAGGACACCGCCAGCAGGGUUGGAUUUUUUUUAGAUUGGAUCGACAUAAUGCGCACCCAAGUACGACACAAAUCAUGUAUAGAUUAUCACAUAAGCGAACUAUUGGAUCAGGGCUUUUUAGUAAGGAGUAACGCUGUCCAAUACAAAAACACAUCAUGGUA